AAUGCGGGGAGCCACUCACACACACACACACACUCGCACACGCACACACGCACAGAACGCGCGCGCGCGAACCCGGGGGUCACCUUCUGUAGCGUCUCUGCGACGGUGAGGAGCCGCGCGCGCUUCCGACCGCACAGCGGAGAAAACCGCAAUUCCCCGUGUUUGAGGAAGUUCUCUGUGCUGCUCUCAUCCUCGAUCUCCAGCCAGCUCCACUUCGUACCCCGACAUGUCCGGCUCCUACGAUGAAUCGGCCGCUGUGGAUGAGGCCAUGGACAGUUUUUGGGAGGUGGGGAACUACAAGCGAGCAGUAAAGAGAAUCGAUGAUGGCCAUCGACUUUGCAACGAUCUCAUGAACUGUCUUCAGGAACGUGCCAAGAUCGAGAAGGCCUACAGUCAGCAGCUCACUGAGUGGUCCAAGAGAUGGAGGCAGCUGAUUGAAAAAGGACCUCAGUAUGGUUCUGUGGAGCGAGCCUGGCUGGCUGUGAUGACUGAGGCAGAUAAAGUGAGCGAGCUCCACCAGGAGGUGAAGAAUGGCCUGCUGAAUGAGGACGUGGAAAAGGUGAAGAACUGGCAGAAGGACUCCUACCAUAAACAAAUGAUUGGAGGCUUCAAGGAAACUAAAGAGGCAGAAGAAGGUUUCAAGAAAGCUCAGAAACCAUGGGCCAAAAAACUUAAAGAGAUGGAAACAGCUAAGAAGAUCUAUCACAUGGCCUGUAAGGAGGAGAAAAUGGCGGCGUCCCGUGAGGCGAACAGUAAGGCCGAGGCGUCUGUCACUCCGGACCAGCAGAAAAAACUGCAUGAGAAAACGGAGAAAUGCAAACAGGAUGUACAGAAGGCGAAGGAGAAGUAUGAGAAGUCUCUGGACGAGCUGGUGAAGUGUCAGCCUCAGUAUAUGGAGAGCAUGGAGCAGGUGUUUGAUCAGUGCCAACAGCACGAGGUGAAAAGACUCAACUUCCUCAAAGAGGUUCUCCUGGACAUCAAACGGCACCUGAACCUUACUGAGAACCAGAGUUAUGCCACAGUGUACCGUGAGCUGGAGCGUACCGUCCUUGCCGUCAACUCGCAGGAGGAUCUGAAGUGGUUCAGCAACAACCACGGGCCUGACAUGCACAUGAACUGGCCCCAGUUUGAGGAGUAUAAUCCAGAUGCCACCAAUGCUGUCGCCAAGCGAGAGAAAAAGAAACCAGAUGGAGCUGCUCCUGCUACACCCAACACCGAGCACGGAGGACAACCAGGAGACCGUGGCAGCGUUAGCAGCUACGAUAAGAACCAGACGUACUCUGCAGAAUGGUCUGAUGACGAACAGCCGGCCGGUCUUUCAGGAAACGAGACUAACGGAGGCGGGAACUCAUUUGAGGAUGAUUCUGGAAAAGGAGGAGUGAGAGUGCGAGCGCUCUACGAUUAUGAAGGACAGGAACAAGACGAGCUCAGCUUUAAAGCAGGAGAUGAGCUGAUGAAGAUUGAGGAGGAGGAUGAUCAGGGCUGGUGUAGGGGGCGUCUGGACAGCGGGCAGAUGGGUUUGUACCCCGCCAACUAUGUGGAAGAAAUCUAAUGACGGAGGACGACAUAACACUGCGUUAUAAUGGCCCGGCGCAGAGACUUUGGAGCGACACACACACACACACACACACACACACACACACACACACACACA